GAAAGCGUCUCCGAACUGUUUCGCCGCAGGCGUGUGCACGCUCGUUUGUUUAUGUCUUGACUGUGCGAUUAUAAGUCGCUGUACGCUGGUUUUCGGUAUGGUGAGCGGCAAACUGAGAUCAAAAAAGCUGUUCCUCGCAGUGGACGAGACGUGAAAGUCAAAACAAACGCGAAGCAAAUUUACAAGGGCUAGGCAGCGGAAUCUCUUCUCAACCGUGGUAAGACGCGUAACCAUUAGCUUAACCGCCGUCCAGGCUGUCCAUGCGACAAGGGUAUAACUCAACGAAAGAUGCUGCCAGGAGCGCUGCUUUCGGUAUUUACGAUCAACGCCGUCGCUCACGCCGGCGACUUGCCGGCUCACCGCAGUUCAUCUAUAAGUGGCUUGUGCGAGGUGGCCGAUCUUGAAUUCGACGUCGGCAGCCACCGCUUAUGUGUCCACGGCGGCGCAUCGAGUACGAACACAUGUACGAAGCUGAAGCCGUCGUGGGAGAUGGUGGACGGAGCUCCCGAAGCAAAGAUGGACUCUCUUUUGUGCGACCAAGUUUUCGAAAUUGGAUACUUCUUCAAGUUCAAGGAGCACCAGUCACCAGGAAUGUUUCUUCGAAACGUGCCCAUACCGCUGUUCAAAGCGCUCGACACAGAUGCAUCAUCAAAAGCCGCAGGCGAUCAAGGAGUAGUGCUACCGGCAAUUGAACAUGCGGAGAGCGGGGUGAUCGAAUGGGACACAAACUUUUUUCUUGAAUCCUCCCUCAAUAAGAACCAGCUGAUACAGGCAAUAGCAAGGGGAUGCAAUGUCUUGCCACUUGACAAGCGCCUGUCAGCUGUCAACAAGACUCUGUGCUUCAGAAAAGCCUACUUCGGGGUGCCAGAGCUAAGUGACCAAGAAGCAGCCAAUGUACUGUUGGGAUUUGUAGGGAGGGUCAAGGAAACGCUUGCCAUUCACAAGCCAAAGCCAGAUCCCAAGCGUCAUCCAAGAAUUGGACUGGCAUUACCUCUUUUACACUUCAGAGCAACAAAUUAUGUGCUGCCAGAUUACAGACGUACAAUUGUGAAGAAGAUCUCUGGCUUUGCAAAGGCCGUGGAAAUCGACUACAGCCGUUUGUCACUAAAAGAACAGGUGAUGCAGACACAAGACCUUGAUGUGGUGCUUGUAGCUGGCGGCGAUGCAACCUCACUGACCAGUGCCCUUUACCUGCCGCCAUGGGGAGUGGUUGUAAGGCUUAGCGAAGAAACUAGUGGGAAGAAGAAGGAAGACCCCGUCGAAAAUCUUUUGGAAUCGCGGGGCGUGCUUCUCACAGUGACUGCAUCUCCGGAAGCAAGCAGAAGCCUCAACGACGUACCAGUGUUUGGCGACAACACCAUCUCCAACAUUGAACACGUCUUGCGUAAAGCAGUAGCCAUUGUUCAGCAUAACCUGCAGAAACUCUGACAUUAGCUCUGGAAUUUCUUGUCUUGUGCCUACCUACAUGGCAACAUAUGCUCAUGGCAAGAUCAGUUCGAUGUUAGAACAACAGCUGCAUAAUUUAGGACAGGAGAGGUGGUACUUCGAAACUUCACCCUGUUAAUGUGCAUGGCAUGUGAUUUAAGUGCAGCAAUGUUCCAGAGGCAGUGCAAUAACUCUUACAGCAUACACUGUGGCAUGCAUUGAGUUUCCCACAAUAAUUACUAGAGGGAAGUCUGGCAUUGCACUUGUUCAGCCACCAUGAGCAUGCUGGGUAGUACAUGCAUUUGACUCAUCUUUGCGCUUGUGGAUUCAGACAUUGUUUAUUACGCUUAAGCUGCCUUAAUUUCCCUAAAUUUCAAAGCGACCCAUACUUUUCUAACUGAUGAAGACUCGGCGAACACGCACAAACUGCAGAAGUUGAGCCUGUCAGGGUCGCCAAAUCGAAAUGCGCUGGCUUGCCUGCGAGAAAUUCAUAAAGGCGCUCUAUGCCGCUUCGUGGUGCAAUUUCUGCCGCAACGUGUGCUUAUUUGCUGAUAGUUUGAAUUCCAGCCUAAUUAAUUUGGUGUACUAUUUAUGACCAUUACAACCUCAGUGAAUAUUUCACCAUGCUGUGCCGCUUACAGUAGAUCUAAUGGACAGUGGUAGAUAAAGCCCAAUCUUCAGCUGCCAGCGCUUCAGUUGCGAUAUAUGGUACAUUCCAGCCCUUAUUUCAGCUGCUACACUGAUGUGACACAAGAGAAAUUGGCCCACUGCAUCCAUGCACUUUUCGAGAAGGAAAACAAAGUUAAAUUUGACAUCACAGCCACCAUUGCAUAUAACUUGCUCGACAUGCAUCCAUCCAGUAAGCAACACUGGCAAGAAUUAUAUAGUGCAUUUCGUUUUUCUGCUUUACCGAGUGCACUGCAAAGACUUGGGAGGUUAGCAAUAUUUUCUCUUUUUCUUUACAACCCGUCGUUUCUGUGCAAUAACCUGUUUCGACAGCCUAGCUAGAACACCUCUUGCAGUGACAGCUCGAACUAAUAUGCAAGCUAACUCCAUUGCAGUGAGGAUGUAAUUUUAAGUUCUGCACUAUGUGUUCAGCAACAAUAGCAUAUUCAUUAAUUUUACAAUGUGUGUGUCCUAACAUUUAUUGAGUGCAAGUAACAGCCUAAGAAGCCAGCAUGUGAUGCCGUCUCAAAGGAAUUAUUGCUUGCCGAUUCACUGUUAGUGUCGCCUUAUUUUCUUACCACGAUGUGAAUCGCAGAAGAGACACAUGCUCGGUUGCUCUUGACUGCUGAAGCCAAGUUCUCAAAGCAAGUUUCAGUGCCCUGCUUAAAUGAUUAAGUUGUGGUGUUUAACGUCCCAAAACUGCACAGUGGCUUAUGAAGGACGCUGUAGUGGAGGGUUCGAUAUUGAUGUUGACCAUGUAUGCUGCAAACUGCAAUACCCACUGCAACAAUUUUAGACCAGACAAAAUUAAGCCUAGUUUAGGUAGUGUAGAUGUAGAGGAGCCCGAGUGAAAGCAUCACUUGCACGAAAAGCUCACAAAUAUAGCAGUUUUUGAUGCAGAAACUGAAAAAAAAAUGCACCAUUACCACUUGCCAGAAGUGACGCAUGACCUAGAAUACGCAUCUUCUUUGCGUGACUUCCGAGGUUAGGCAGCUGUCAGUGACGAGCUGAACAAUCUCGGAGGUGACAUGCCGGGACUUAUGUCAUAGGCACCAACUACCAGGUUCAUGAGUCUGCUUAGGUGCUGUUUAGAGGCUGCUGAUAAGAAAAUUAUACAAUCACCAGUCCUGCAGCUUCGCUUCAGUGGUAUAUACCACUCGAUUCUAACCAAUUAAGCCAAAGUUAGACUUCAUUGCAGUUGGCCCUCAACGUAUUCUGCUUCUUUUGGUGCUGUGUAUUCAUGUCACAUUUGAUCCCUAAACCCCAGUAAUGGUGUGGUUUCCGAACUUGACCACUUCAUCUCGGUGAAAUAGGUGUGUACUCGCAAAUGGGCAUCCUUCUGCAACUUUAAACAAUAGAAAUGGUAGAAAUAGGUAGAAAUGCUUGUUGCAGUUUUGUUGGCAUCGCACUGAUACUUAAAAAUGUUUCUGCUUGCAGUAGGGCUCAGCUGAAUUUAUAUGCAUAGCUUAGGCUUAAAUCUCGAGACUUUUACAUAUAUAUGUGUUCAUACUGAAAGCCUGACAUAAGAGUGCAUCACUUUUUCACUCGUGCCAGCUUGGUUGAGCAUUCGCCUUGAAACAAACUGCAUGGUGUGUGAAAAAUGCCACCAUUCUUUUUCUUAAACCUGAAAGAAGCUUUCUCGUAGUUAAAAUUGAAAAAAAUUUACUGAUGAUUACAAUACUCCCUAAUGAGAAAUUUGAGCGCAGCUCUAUACGUGUUUUUAUUUUGCGAUUUAUUGGCUGGUGCGGGCAAUCUGUCUCGUGCGGUACAUUGCGAACGGAGGGAAGUGUUGCAAAUCAAGUAACACUUGAGCACAAUGAUAGCACCUAGCAGAUUCGGCAAUUGUCAAAAAUCUAAUCUGCUGGUCAAGCGCAGUGGCUUUUAUACAAGACUCGUCGAAGGUUCCAGAGUGAUAGCUGCUGCCUGUGUGGCUUCCACAAAGUACUACACAAUUCGAAUCACGCAACAGUCGCAUUACAAAAAGUUUUGGUGACAACAGGUAACAGAGAGAACUGUUGAUAACAUUCGAGAAACUUCUAAAAAAUGUGUAACAUUUUUUAGCUGAUGAAAAGUAGCAACUGAAGACAGAUAAAGAAGUGAACAGAUGACGUGCGGUAUUCAGGAGCCACCUCAUGGCGAUCGUCGCAGAACAUGUCAUGCUCACUCGGUUACGCCACUGACGCACCUCGCAGUAAUGGGUCAUUAAGAGCUUCGCUCUAAAAAAAAAAAAAACUGUUCUGUAUGUUAGGAGCAUACACUGCUGUGACCAUAAACACGCUCCAUUUACUAAAGAGCUGGUUAGUUUGUGUGUUUUUUGCCUUUAGAUAAAGGUUUGUUUCAUUUUUAGGCUGUCACUUGCUAUGUAUCAAAUGUCGAUAUGACUGUUUUUACCUCAAGUGUUACGCCUAUGUUUGUGACCACAUUUAGCGUUGUUUUCUUGUCUGUUUUUUUUUUUUUUUUUUCGUGUCUACAUAUCAGCAUAUCUCAGGGAAAGUUUACACCCAUGACUUUUUGCUCCGACAAGAGAAUACACUUUUUAACUGAGGGACACCUUUACAGUCCACGUUUCUUUGGGACCAAUUUUAUACAAUGAGCAAUAAAAUAAACUUGUAGACUUCAAA